GUACGUACAUAGUCCAGCUCCACGCACUCCACGCACACUCCAUAUCUUUGGACUAGUUACGGAAUACAGGCGACCUCUUUAGAAUCCACCGGACGGCGCAGUCUCGUCCGAUAUUCCUAAACUCUCAUCCCAUCACCCCACUAUAGUAACAGAUUCCAUAGAACGGCCUAUAAGAUCAUAUCAUCCAAACCUUGAAUCAGGCCUUGUCAUUAUAAAAUUCGACGGACGUAAUUGUUCAGUCUGGUUCGAGAUGGAGGAGCAGGUGAACAGAUUAGUGAAGAAAACAUGGGACAAGUUCCUAUCCACACCAGAGACAUCCCGUCUCAUGAUUGCCAUCAGUGGCGUGCCAGGAUCUGGAAAAACAUCGUUAGCAAUAGCUAUCACAAAACGAAUCAAUGAACUAUAUGCAGAGCACUCCCCCGGAUCUCCACCUAUCGCUGCAUUCGUGCCCAUGGAUGGCUAUCAUUUAACACGAGCCGAACUCGCUGCUAUGCCAGACCCGGUAUUUGCAGCAGCUCGAAGAGGAGCACAUUUCACAUUCAAUGCGGACAAAUUCUUGCAACUAGUCAAGCUCCUGCGGGAGCCAUUGACGGCAACGACAAGUACAGUAUAUGCCCCGAGCUUUGAUCAUGCAGUCAAAGAUCCCGUGGAAAAUGAUAUACCAAUCCUCGCUACAGCGCGUGUCUUAAUCUUUGAAGGGAAUUAUUUGAGCCUAAACAAAGAUCCCUGGAAUCAAGCUGCGGCACUUAUGGAUGAACUGUGGUUUGUAGAGGUGGAUUUUGAGAUUGCGAGGCAGAGAUUGAUUAAACGACAUGUCGAGGCGGGGAUUGCGAAGAACGAAGAAGAGGCGGAUAAGAGGGCGAGAGAGAAUGAUUUGUUGAAUGGGCAGGAGAUUGUGGAUUUCAGGUUGCCGGUGGAUGAGGUUAUUGUCAGUACAUUUGACGAGAAGUUCUCAGUUUAGGGUCCUGUUACUGCGGCCAACGGCAGCCGUAUGGGCCCAACAUCAUGAUUAGUGGUUCCUGAUGGACAGAUAUAUUUCAUCUAUUAUCAGACACAACCAAGCCUCCUUUGGAUGUGUGGGAUUAUGGGAUGUAUGUCUGACCCCAAUAAUUAGCCAAUCAUAUACUUGUAUGAACUUGUAGUCACGU